AUUAUCAUACUGACAGCUGAGGUGACAAGUUAAAAAUAAAGACAGGCGUUUUCGAAAAGUUAUCAUGACGACUAUGUUUGAGAAAAUGAAUACAUAAUGGCACAGUAUCGGAGUAGACCCUGUAGUCUUGAUGACUCGUUUGAAUAUAUCGAGUGUGCUGCAACAAAGGGAAGCAACUCAUCCCCGACGACGCCUGACAGGACGAAUAGCCGCACCCCACCACUUACCCAGGAGCAAUUCAGUAAACUUCUUGAUGCUGAGGGCAGGCUGGUGGAUGAACAUGCUCUCAGACAGGCUGUUUUCCUGGGAGGAGUUGAUCCGAGUAUUCGUAAGGAAGUCUGGCAGUUCCUGUUUGGUCUCUACCCUUGUACCUCUACAGGCAGAGAGCGGGAGGUCCUGAGGCUGGAUAACUAUGUGAAGUAUCGGGAGCUGAAAUCUCGCUGGAAAACCAUGCUAGUGGUACAGAGCAAACCAGGGGCAUCUCCUCUUGAACAAGGACUGGUCGCCAAAUAUCAGCAGGAAGUAGAUGAGGAUCUCCCCAGCCCAGACAAGCUUAGUUACGAGGACCCUGGAGACAGAGACCCUGAAGGCAACAGCAGUACCGCCUCGCCAGCUCAGCUUGUCCCAGCGCUUUUCACUGCACAGAAAAACAAGACAGAUUUGUCUGAGUCCAAUCUCCCUUUCGAUAUUACCUCCCCUGAUGUGCAGCAGAGGAUGGAAUUCAUGAAGCUACAGUCACAGGUGUAUGUAAACAGGCAGCAGUUAGACAUGGACCAGCUGAGGACAGACAUUCGUAUCAUUGACAAAGAUGUGCCCAGGACAGACAGGGACUAUGAGUAUUUCCUUGGUAAAAAUAACCCACAUCUGACACAGCUGAGAGAAGCCCUUAUCACAUUUGCGGCCUUCCAGACAGACAUCGGCUAUGCCCAGGGCAUGAACGACAUCAUGGCACGAUUCUUAGUCGUUUUCAACUCUGAGGUAGAAGCUUAUUGGUGCUUUACAAAAUACAUGAUCAGUGUGAAGAAUGACUUUGAUGAGGAAGGCAUGGUGCAGAAAAUAGAUCUUGUAAGGAAACUACUGGAGCAAUUUGAUAAUUCUCUGAUUAGUCACCUGGAGUCACAUGACCUGGGAGAUCUCCUCUUCUGCCACAGGUGGUUGCUCUUGGGUUUCAAGAGGGAAUUCAAUUUUGACGACUCGUUGCGAUGUUUUGAGAUUCUCAGCAGCCAUCAUUUGGAGCUAUCAUCCCUGGAGGCAGCCAAUGCCCGCAGACGAGAACAGAUGAAAGAGUUUGAAAACCAGGAUGGCGUUUUGAGGACAGUAGACAAUCUGACACUCCACUACGACUACACAUUUGAGUCCUUCAUGUGCGUGGCGCUGCUCAUUCAGUGUCGGGAGGGCCUCCUCAAGUGUACAGACUCUGCCAUGGUCUUUCAGUGUAUCAAUGGCCUGCAAAUUGACCUGGACGAUGUUUUGGGGAAAGCAGAGAGUUUGUUUUUCCAGUAUUGUAAACGAACAGUUGGUGAUUGUUUUGUACUGGUGGAUGUGCCGAAGUCAGAUCAUUCCAAAAGACGGGGAGCUAAGCACUGACCUCGUCCAGUCAUGUCUCACUGAACCAAAAAUACAUGAAUACAAGAGUUUGUCCCAAAAAGUACAUAGAUUUUAUUAGAGACAAGUAUUACAUUAUCAAAAAUAUUGCUUCUGAUGCUGAAAUGUUUCCAGUUGGCUAUGCCACUAUAUACCACUUCCACUAUAUAACUUUGAUUUGUUUGGUCAAAGUCAAACAAACGUGAAAAUUUGUUUCUAAGAUCGAUAGAUUGCUCAAAAUUAGGCACAAAGAGAAAUUUCAUCCUGGGUGAAAUUUUAGGUCAUUUUCGGCAGUUAGCUCAUGAUGAUCCAGUUCGCAUUAUUUCAGCUGUGACUGACAUAUGCGUGUCUUGGGUGGAAUACUGUCCCUAGCUGUAUUAAAACAGGGGGCCUCUUUGGCUGAGGUGGUUAGCCUGCCAGUGUGGCGCAAUGACCCAGGAGCCUCUCACCAAUGUGGUCAAUGUGAGUUCAAGUCCAGCUCAUGCUCAGGCUUCCUCUCCGGCCGUAUGUGGAAAGGUUGGGCAGCAACCUGCGGAUGAUCUUGGGUUUCCCCUGAGCUCUGCCUGGUUUCCUCCCAACACAAUGAUGGCCGCAUUAGAACACCAGUGAAAUAAAUAAAUAUGUUAAACAUUGUAACCAUCAACUGAUCAGUGUCAACUGUCCUUCACAAUUCAGCCAAUGUUAUGUAUGCAUACGUCAUAAUGGUUGUGACAUCUGAAACUUUACAUUGACCUGAGCAUGGUCAAAAAAAAUAACAAAAAGACACAACAUAGCCCACUAGAACUAAACUUUACCCUGGACUUUGAUCACAGGCCCACUUACGCCCAGGACUUUGACCAAAGUCUGCAAUGUUGUAGCAUAGGCCCACAUACACCCCGGAACUAUUGUCAAAGUCUGCAAUGUUGUAGCAUAGGCCCACAUACACCCCGGAACUAUUGUCAAAGUCUGCAGUGUUGUAGCAUAGGCCCACAUACACCCAGGAAUGAUCAAAGUCUGCAGUGUUGUAGCAUAGGCCCACAUACACCCAGGAAUGAUCAAAGUCUGCGAUGUUGUUGCAUAGGCCCACAAACACCCAGGAAUGAUCAAAGUCUGCGAUGUUGUUGCAUAGGCCCACAUACACCCAGGAAUGAUCAAAGUCUACAGUGUUGUUGCAUAGGCCCACAUACACCCCAGAACUUUGAUCAAAGUGUGCAGUGUUGUAGCAUAGGCCCACAUACACCCCGGAACUAUUGUCAAAGUCUGCAAUGCUGUAGCAGAGGCCCACAUACAGUGUACAAUGUAUUACAUUUAGACAUGUGUGCGUCCAAGCAGACAUUUCUAUACCAGCAGUCAACCAACAUGGACGUUCCAGGUCACUAUUCGCAUGACCAAUUUUCAAAAUUAAGGCCUUUGUGCACAGUCUAUAGCAGUCAAAUUAAUUGAUUUCUCCUUGUGAAUCUGUAUCGUAUUUUAGUAUUGAGUAGGGCGGGAAACACCAAUGGAGUUAAUAAAUUAAUCGUAUUUCAGUCUACUUUAUAUAUCUGUUGUUCUGAUGCAGGUUGAAUGUUGCGGAUAUUAUCUUUUGCUACUUAUCUGUGCACAAAUAUCAUUAAAAGUUAAACUGCUAAGUGCCUCAUUGUUAGUCAGGCAGGUUUAUGAGUUCAUUUGUGCAUGGCAUUGUUUUUUUUAGUACAGAUGAUACUAGGUGGCUUGAAGAUGUUCACAUAUCCCAGAUUAAGCAGAACACGCAUUUCUGCCCUUGUCACUACGGCUUUAUGUCACUGUGUUUUGAGUUUACUGCGCCUCGAUGUCUGAGUUAUUGAUAGUGUCACUCUAGCAGUUGUCAAUGAGUUCACAAGCUCAAAUCCAGCUGUCAUUAGUUUUACUGCUCAGUUUGUAACGUACAUUCACUUGACAAGUGGCGGCUAUAUACUAGACUCGUUGUCCAUUACCCGUGGGUAUAUCAGUGUUUAUUUUUUUGCUACGUCAUACUGAAGAAGAUUUCACUUAUACGAUGCCCGUCAGUUUUAUGGCUGGAUGAAACCACAGUGCCAGAGGUAAACCACCAACCUUUGGCAAGUUACCGACGCACUUUUAUUCAUGUGACAUAUAUAGAGACAUAUCAUAUUGGUGGAAAACUGAUGGAAAAGACUUUCUGAUCCCUAGCAAGUUUUCUAGUAAAACAUUUGUGGCAAAAAUAUCUCCUUUGAAUUAUAAUCAAUACGUACACUAUACCUGUAGAAGACUUUUGAACGUUAGACUGUGCAAUCGACACAAUCCUCGUCUACCGUUCUCCUUCACUAAGGCCCCACACGCUAUGAGAGUAGAACGUGGCAUUGUCCUUCAAACAUACCAGUCAGCAGCAUAUUUGUCUUAUCUUCUAUCCCACUCUUUGAGAGGUCGUUCUGACUGCCCUUGUUUGUUUGGUGUAAGUGCAAUAAAAUCUUCCAUUUUAGAUGGGACAAAGAAAACAGACUGUUCCUUCAUGUCCUCAGAUUAUGUCGUCACGCCAGGAAGUUGUCACUGCAUUGAUUGGUCAAACAUUCAGGCAUAUACAUAUUUAAGUAUUUCAAAUAAAGCAACUAAGUCAAAGAAAAAAAAAUGAACUCAGUAAUUUAUAUUUGUUCCAAAUACAUGUAGGCGUAUUGAUUAUUAGGCAACUCUUCAUACAUAUUAAACCUGUGUGUGGUCU